ACUAGCUCUUUUUUCAUCAUGGCACGUUUGGUCUGGUUGUGUUUUCUGUCCGUCGCCCUGAUCACGUUAUGCCGAGGAGACGAUCGGCCCAACUUCGUGUUCCUCGUCGCCGACGAUUUGGGAACCGGCGAUGUCGGCUGCUUCGGAAACGACACGAUCCGAACUCCAAAUAUCGACAGGAUCGCCGCUAAGGGAGCCAAGUUGACCCAGCACCUGGCUGCCGCCGCCAUCUGUACGCCCAGCAGAGCUGCCUUCCUCACCGGACGAUAUCCUAUCAGAUAUGGAAUGGCGGGAAGGACCGCACCCUUGCCUUUUUUCCUGUUGUCCAUUCCAUCCGGGUUACCGAGGUCGGAGGUCACUUUUCCCCAAAUGGCAAGGGAUCACGGGUACCGAACAGCAUUACUUGGAAAGUGGCAUCUUGGUCUCAACUGCGCAUGGGCAGGAGACCAUUGCCACCACCCUAGUGAGUUCGGAUUCGACUACUUUUACGGACUGCCCCAUAGCAACGACCACGACUGUGACCCGGAUGUUAAAGAAACUUUGGGACAGAAUUUCGCACGGCGUCUUUAUCGUCGUCUACGUCUUUGGGAGAUAUCGACGUCUCUCUUUGUUGUUAUUUUGGCGCUCAAGUACUUCGAGUACAUUCAAUGGAAAACGGUUUUUCUGUUGUCCGCAUUUGGUUGGUCACUUGUGGCCUAUCCGUAUGUAUCUCUGUCCAAUGGCAGGCACUUAAACUGCGUGUUGAUGAGAGAUGAUGACGUCAUAGAAAUGCCAUUCAACAUCUCGACAAUCACGCCCAGAAUGACUCUUGAAGCCGUCAAAUUCCUCGAAGAAAGGAAGACCGAAACGAAACCCUUCUUGUUGGAAGUCUCCUACACGAACGUGCACCAUGCCCUUCUUCCUAAUAAGGAAUUCCGCGGGAAAAGCCGGCACGGUCUCUAUGGCGAUAGCGUGGAGGAGAUGGACUGGAGCAUCGGGGUUGUCAUGGCAACGUUAGAACGGCUCGGUCUGACGGACAACACGUUUGUGUACUUCACGUCUGACAACGGCGGCCAUAUUGAAGCUGGGGAAGAAGGAGGGUCGAACGGCAUCUACAAGGGAGGCAAAGGACAGGGAGGCUCUGAAGGGGGGAUCCGGAUGCCUACAGUUGUGCAGUGGCCGAGGAAAAUCAAGCCCGGUACUGUAGUAACAGAGGCCACCAGCCAGAUGGACAUUUUCCCCACGGUAGCAGACAUCCUCAAGGCCCCACUUCCCCAGGACAGGGUGAUGGACGGGCGGAACAUCCUGCCGUUGCUAGGCGGGGCCAAGCAACCGUCUCCACACGACUUCCUGUUCCACUACUGUGCAGACUAUCUGCACGCCGUUAGGUACAGGCCAAGGGAAGGAAACGUGACGUGGAAAGCCCACUUUGUUUCCUACAACUGGGAUCCGGGCACCACGGGCUGCUACUCUCUGGCCAUCUGCCAGUGCACAGGUCAGGGGGUCACCUACAACGAUCCGCCAUUGUUGUAUGACGUCACUAACGAUCCCGUUGAAGAUCGACCAAUCAGCGCCGCCUCUGACCCUGACGUCCUCAACGUCAUCAAAAAGGCUGUAGAAGAGCAUAAAAUGUCUCUGACUGAAGUAGAAAACCAGUUCGGGCUGUCGGGUUACCUCCCCCGCCCAUGGUUACAGGAAUGUUGUAACUUUCCUUUCUGUGGUUGUCAGGAAAAUGUCGACUUGUCUCCUCUUCGAAUCGGUGGCUGAUCAAAAACCGUUCGUAAUUUGGUCAGAAACGCAAUUUCGAAGGUUCCAGUAUCUAAUGGCAUUACUAUCAUCCACACUUUUCGUUACCUUAGCAAGACAUGAAUUGCGCGUUAUAUAUUGAUGCUGUCUUUUGAACGUUUAGGUUUAGAACACGACAUACUUGUCUAUUUCAACGAAUGAAUAAAUAG